AUGCCUUCGCGGAGAUCAUCGUCGAGUAACCACAGCCGGCGGCACUCGUGGCCGCCAUUCUCGACGCGCCACCUCCUCGGCGUCGCGCCCGUCCACUUCCACCUCAACCCCAGCGGCAGCAACUCGAAGAAGCGCCCCGCCUCCUCCUCUUCCAGCACCUCCACCUCAUCAUUCUCAUCGUCCUUCGCAUCAAGGAUAUCUGGCGGACGGCCGCCGACACCACAGGUCAUCGUCUCGCCGCCGACGCCGCCGGACCAGCCGGCGACGCCGCUGCUGCCCGACAUCGAUGAUGACCCGUUCGCGCACUUCCUCAGCCCCAUGAACGACGAGGACAACCCCUUCGACGACCUGGCCUUCAGCGCCGGCAUCAUCGUUUCUGACGAUAGCGCGACCGAGGACGAGGAGGAUGCCGGUGGCGAGGGGUGGGAAGAGGGAAAGAGGGACGACGACAGGCUGCGGAGCAAGAUUGCGAGACGCUGGGCCAAGUACAUCGCCAAGUACCAGAGCAGCAGCUGUGUUGGCGGCAGCGGCAGCGGCAGCAGCAACAGAGGAAAGAGAGCGGCAGGAAAGCUUGAGAAGGUGGAUGAAGACGAGGCAGCGGAGGAGAGAGACGAGCAGGAGGAGCGCAAGAGGAGAAACGACGAGGUGGCCGUCGUGGACGAGGGAUACAUGAGCGAGGAGAGCAGUGGUGCCACGCCGGUCCAUGUGAAGAAGCUGCAAAGACCGAGCUCCGAGCCGCUGGAACCGUACAGGACCGUCGUGCGCGAGCCGACCAGGGGCAGGGCGCAGGACCUGGUUGACGGGAGGAUGAGGAAGAAGCGGAAGUACCGCCAUUCGUGGAGGGCCCCGGACUUCGACCUCUUCACCGUCGUCGAGGAAGGCGAGGGUGCCGUCGAUUCCGAGAUCGAGCAGCGCUAUUUUUCUUCCACCUGA